AUGAACCACUUGCUGAAUCGAUGUCAAGGCACUCGAGCACAACACUUUUCGUCAUCCGUCACUCGGAGGAGAUCAUUCAAAGAUCUGUUGUUCACCAUUGCUAAUCAUGUUGAUAGCCAAAAUGCCAUUCACAAUUAUGGCUCUCCAAACAUUCACCACCAGCGUCAAGAUUGUCAUCAUCAUCAGUUUGGAUCAGUUUCAACAAAAAAAACACUCAUUGGCCAUCAUAAUGUUAACCAAUGUAAUGUAAAUCAAUUAAUUUUUUUAUAUAAGAGUUUUAGUAUGAAUCAUUCAAGUUUCGUAAAAGAAUUUCACCGUUCUCUUCUGAAGAGAGAGAACGCAAAGAAUCAUGAUUCACAAGUUGUCGUUACGUCAUCAUCAUCUGCAACUGGUAGCAUUUCGUCGACUUCACAAAUUGUGGAAAACGUCAAAGUACUUGAGACAACCACAACAGCGAGCUCUCAACAAGCAGCACCACCUGCCACUGCUACCAUUGUCAUUAUUCAACAACAACAACAACAACAGCAACAGCAUCAACAACCAUUGACGUCACCAAAUGUUUCCACUCAUAGUAUAGCGGAUCAAACAACUCAACCCUUACCAACCACAAACUCAGCAUUUCAUCAUUUUUCGUCAGCCGCCAUUGGAACAACAAACAAUGUAGCAGCUCAAUCCUCUACAACAACCUCAACAAUUAUCAAAAUUGAUUCACAAGUCAUUUCUAAAGAAAUUGAAAAAGCAGUGACGGAACAAAUUAAACAAAAAUUGAAGCAUGCCUAUGAGCCUACACGAGAGGAGUUUGAAGCAAUGGAAAGUUUGGAACAUGAACAUUUAUACGAAGAAGGAACAAGAAAGAAGAUUGGAUGGAUACAGAAAUUUAGAACCUUUUUAAGAAAAACGAGUACUCUUCUUUCUAAUUUAUUACUCAUAGGAAAGGUAUUGCCAGCCAAUGCGAUAGCCACUCUAUUUUUCUCCUAUUACAAGAUGGAAAAGAAUUACAAACAAAGAUGUUUUGAACAGCGUAUUACAGCAAGUUUGAAUUUUAUUGAUCACGAAACCAACACCUUUAAGGUGAGAAAUAUUUUCUGUAAGAAUCUCGACGAAGUAGUUCUAAAUAAUCAAGCCGUUGUCCAAUUGAUUCAGGAAGCAGCUGCCAAAACUACCAGUGAAUCGCCCAUUGUCAUUCUUCCAGAUGAUGACAAGUGGUUUUGUUUACAUCUUAUUCAAUCUGCCAUUUCACAGAAUGUGUGUGCCUCUGGUUAUUUUAGACAAGAACAUAUCUAUGGAGAAGUUCGUUGGAAUACAGUCAAAUUAAUGGCCAAAAUGUACAAGGAACAAUACGAGUCGAUCAUUCACACUGGAUUUGGUGAUUUGAUGCGAGUGGAGAUUGUUCUGAGCAUGUAA